CCCUCGCCUGCCGUUACAAUAAAUUUCCCUGCGCGAACAUUUUCCGUGUCAGAAAGUCAUCAACGCCACUCGCAGUUCAACAGGGAGAAACUUCAAAGUCCGUUUUAAUUUCACGAUGGGUUCCAAGGCAAUGUUGAUCUUCAAACUUGCAUUCCUCGUGUUGGUGUCCCUCACAGUUUCCACCGGGAUUCCAAUGUAUGAUGCCCAAAGUCAAGGUAUGGUCAAGCUACCAGAAUGGGCUUUGGAAAUCGGCGGCCACAAAGAACCCGAUCCUAACAAUAUCAAGGGUGUGGAUGAAGCUGCUGAUGUUUUAGAACAAGAUGAUGAUGACGAGGAAGAAGCUGAUGAUGAUGAUGAUUCAGAAAAGAUGGACGAUGACGACGACGAGGAUGAGGACGAGAAAACUGAUAGCGACGCUGGACACGCAAUUAGGCGAAGGUCGGUUGAAAAUGUUCAGCCUGCAAGUGUUGCCAAUGCUGCAGAAAAGCCUUCCAAGGACGAUGGCGACGACGAUGAUGACGACGAAGAAGAUGAUGAUGACGAAGAUUCGGAAAAAUCGGACGAAGACGAAGAAGAAGAUGACGAUGAGACCACAGAAAAGUCCAGUCACUCAAUUAGGCGAAGGUCAGUUGAAAACAAAGAAGUCGAGGAUGAAAUUUUUGAGGACGACAGUCGGCCGUUGCCUCCGUUGUUAGCCGAAGUUGAUGAGCCGCAAGAAUACGGCUUGGAAGAUUUACUUGGCGAAGAUUUUGUAGAGCUCGAAAGCGAGUCUGGAGAGCACAAUAUCAAAGAUGGGAUAGCAAGAAGGCUGGACUUGAACUACGGUCUUCCUGCGUUCAAGAUGCCCGGACGCCUCACUGACCCCAACGUUCACAGCGAUGAAAUUUUAGCGGACAACAAAACCGCCGAUUCCAAGAAAACAAUUUUAGCCUGAGUUUUUCUGUAUGUUUUGCUUUUUGAAUAAAAAUUCAUAUCUCUCAAGAGAUUUUUCGCAAUAAAAA